GAUUAUGUAGGGAAUGGAGAAGAUCAUGUUGGAUGUCUCUCCCUCCUGCUUCAGCUGGCCAUUGACCUUGAGCCAGAGCUUAAGCUUAUGCGGGUCCGGGAUCUUCUCCUUGGGCACGAACUUGCUGACUGGGCACGAGGAAGUGAAGCUCUUGGCCAGGGUCCAGGGCAACCCCUUCUUCUUGCAGUCUUCCUGCACGUCCCUGGCAGUCAUAUCCAGGCACAGGGCAUAGCCAGCUACGAAAUCCAUUGCCUCGGCCUCAGACACGGCGCAGGUCGGCUUCCCUAUCACCACCGCCAGCUCCAGUUCAUGGUGCACGUUGCGGCUGUAAGAGGGAAUGAGGAUCGGGGUGCCCUCCGGAGCAUAAGCACUGGAGGGUUUCAGAAAGAUCACUGGCUCGGUAAGGACCGAGCUCUUCAUCUCCUUAACGUGAUCUGCGUAAUUCCUCCCCACACAGACGAUGUUCUUGCCCCAUUCCCAAAACCGGGGCAACUGACGAGGUGCAGCCAUGUCUAUCAGUCCAGAGCGAGCCAACCGAAGUGUCACCGUAUCACGUGGACUCUGCCCAAGGGCAGUCACCUGACGCCUACGGCUACCCAACAGAGCCAAACUUUCUCGGAACUCUCCGUUCCAUCAACGAAAGGAGACACAGUAGACUGCUCUCGACUUUCCUCCCCCUCAGCUGGGGGCUGGGAGUCGCUGAACCCUGCUCCAGGUUCAGCCCUGCUGGGAGCUACUUAUCAACAUACUGACUUCAGAAAGUGUCAGAUAAUUGAACAGGACAACAUGAAGGUUGAAUUACUGCCAGCCCUAACUGAUAAUUACAUGUACCUGAUCAUUGAUGAAGAUACCAAGGAAGCAGCCAUCGUGGAUCCAGUACAACCCCAGAAGGUUGUGGAAACAGUAAAAAAACAUGGAGUGAAACUGACCACCGUUCUUACUACCCAUCACCACUGGGACCAUGCUGGAGGCAAUGAGAAGCUUGUAAAGAUGGAACGCGGGUUAAAAGUGUAUGGGGGAGAUGAUCGAGUUGGAGCCCUCACUCAAAAAGUGUCACACCUUACUACGCUACAGGUGGGAUCUCUCACUGUCAAAUGCCUGUCGACACCAUGUCACACUUCUGGACACAUCUGUUAUUUUGUGAGUAAGCCCAAUAGUUCAGAGCCACCUGCUGUUUUUACAGGUGAUACCUUAUUUGUAGCUGGUUGUGGGAAGUUCUAUGAAGGAACAGCAGAUGAAAUGUACAAAGCCCUGCUUGAAAUUUUGGGCCGUCUUCCCCCAGAAACGAAAGUAUACUGUGGUCAUGAGUACACCAUCAAUAACCUCAAGUUUGCACGUCAUGUUGAACCAAACAAUACUGCUAUUCAAGAAAAAUUGGCCUGGGCUAAGACAAAAUAUGGCAUUGGAGAACCAACUGUACCAUCUACUAUUGCUGAGGAGUUUACAUACAACCCAUUCAUGAGAGUGAGGGAGAAGACAGUACAGCAGCAUGCUGGGGAGACUGACCCUGUGACAACCAUGAGGGCCAUCCGAAAGGAGAAGGAUAAUUUCAAGGUGCCCAAAGACUGAAGUUCACCACAGGCAUUAUUACAAUGCAAAUUUCUCCUGCUAAGUCCUUUUUACAGUAAUUUGGGUAUUCUGAUGUUUUAGGUAAUUAAUUUCUCUUAUUGUGGGAGAAUCAUUCUUGUUUGUGGUUUGUGUUUUAUUUUAAAAUUGUCUUUUAAAGCCCUUUGUUUCUUUUGCCAGACAUUCUGUGGCAUAUUUAUAAGAUAAAAAAUUUGAAGAAUAUUUAUUCAUAUAAUUUUUGCUUUCAGAUUCUAUAAAUUUCCAAUUGUGAUUCUGCAAGCACGCUUUCCUAAGGGCUUAAGGGAAGAGGAGAUACUAUAAUGUGGUCAAUCCUAUGCUUUCAUGAAAUGUCCUAACCCUGGACACUGACCCCAACAAAAUGCCCCUGGCUUUGUCUGCAGCCCAACUAGGUUUCUGUGCUCUUUUCAACUCCUAAGCUUACAUUUGCUUUCAAAGAGUCUGGUGGGACCCAAGGGAGACAGUUGGCAUGGUUCUGAAGGGAGGAAGAAGAAGGGUCUGGUCAGUAUUCCAGUUUGGACCCUUUUCCUUCACUUCUCUACAGAAAAAGUCUUUCUUGUUGCUUCAAGUUGACCAGACAUUUAAAAUGGGUUCUCCUUUCUUAAUUCUUCACUUAGAACCCCUCAAGAUAGCUUCUAAGACCAGAAGCUGAUGUUCGGAUUCAAAGUUUUGCUGGAUUUUAUGCUGUUAGCGUCUAUGGCACAUAUGAGUAGUAACACAACACUGUAUAGAUUGUGUCCUUUGUAAGGUUGGUGUCUUAUCCCAACCUGAAUAGGACUUGGAGGGGGUGAAAUAGAACCUUCAAGAGAGUUCCCUUGGGUUGAGGGGUUUGAUGAUUCAAAAGCUUGAAAACAACCCAAAACACUUAACACUGCUGUAUAUAGAAAUUCAGCCAAGCAUCUCGACAGAUGCUUUGCUGUUUGCUCUGCCUACUGACGAUAUUAAUUGCCUCUUUAGAAGGGGCCUCUGGCUCUAGGCAGAUGCUUGCAAGUGUCUUCUGUUCACCCAAGAUUGUGUUAUCAUCAUUAAAUAUUAAGUGGCCUCCCCUGUUGCUAGUGAUAGCCUGAAGUCCCCAAGCAACCUGCAAUAUAUGUUAAGCCAAUGCCCAUUUCGAGUGGCAACAGGAACCAUUCUGGAGAGCAUUUGAUAAAGAUUAUGUAUCUGGGAAGCUGAGAGAGGAUUAACUAGCAGAGUGGCAAGGAAUGCUCUGGAAGAGAAGUUGCAUCCUUACCCAGUCCAUGUAGCUCACGCUUGCUCCAUCAGGGCUGCUGACCUGUCACCCCACCACUGGUCUCCAUAACUGUUUUCUUCCAACUGUCAGGCAGUAUUUUAUAGGGUUCUUCCAGCUGUAGUGAUUCGUCUUGCUCUUAGAUAUGGUCAAAACCAUGUUCACAGGUUUACCUGGGCAGGUUUUAUCAAAGGGUACUUGAAAUUUCUUUGCUAUAGAGACGUAGUUGCCCUACACAAUGAAUGCUCAGAGAGUCAGCCUUCUCCUACUCUGCUAAUUACAUUUAACUCCUAAAGUUCCAGCGUCUCUCUUAAUACUGGCAAGAUUUUCAUUCACAUUUCAACUUUUUCCCUAUGUUCCUAAGUGGGCUAGUGAAUUAGCCUAAGGGCUAAUUCAGGGUCUUCAAGCAUAGUAUGACAAUAAAGUAAUGAGACUAAUUUCUAUGAGCUACUAUGGAAGUUUGUCUUAUUUCUUUAUAGCCACACUCUGUAUUUUCACUCAAAAGACAAAUUGGGCUCACAGCUACCCCCCUGGAGGCUGUUCUUUAGACCUCAUUGUUGAUGAGGAAGCUUUCCAGUAAGGACAAAGCCAAAGCAGCAGAUGCUUAAGAAUGGCUGCUUUGGGUGGCCUUUUUGGGUGAGUAGUGAGUUGUGGGUUUUUGUGGAGUAUUUUCUAAUUACAAAAUGAUUGGGGAUCCAGGGACAAUUGGGUUGACCUGAAUAGACUUUUUCUCUUUGCCUUGCUCUGAGGGAGGAAAUAAUUCUGUUUCUGUCCCUGGUCCCCUUUUGUCUCUCCAUCCUCCAUUAAAACCAUUUUGACUCCUGGAUUAGUAGUGAUGACUGAACAGUGCAGGGGCAGAGGGCUUGCUUUGAUCCCUUUGCAGAAGGAAGGAGGAAGAAGAAAAUGAGGAAGACUAGAGUCAAAAGCUACAGAAGGUUUCCAGAGAGGAAGUCAAGGCUCAGUUGGGCGUCUAGAAUCGCGGUGGAAACAGUUGCUAAGUCUUACUUUUCAGAGAAAGGGACCUCCUUCCCUUUUGUUACUUGCCAUUCAAGGGUCCUUGGAUGUCACAAAGCUUUGAGAAAAUUAUGCCCAAUGUGAAUCCUUGCCAUAUUCCUACUUGCUGAUGUGCAUUAGUGCCCAAGAAAAAAGAGGAACAUGAGUAACAGUUAACCAUUCUACAGCAAGGCAUUUCUGUCCCUGGCUAAGCUCAGCUGUGGCUCCUGUUACCAUUCAGUGGUAACGCCUCCUGGGCCCUGACAAAACACCAUUAGUCCCUGAAACAGCUACAUUCCCCAGUUGGGGAUCAACCUGCAAGGUUACUUAUGUCCUAUUCAGAAAACAGCCAAGAGCCCUAACAAGUUGGGCGACUCCCCAUUGGGCUCUUCUUGGAGGUGCUGAGAUGGGAUGAGGCCGUCUCCAUCCCAUCACUGCCCACCAAACGAGCACAGCCUCUGGGGCACUCUCGCAACCCUGUCUCGAGUGCACAGCCUGAAUUUCUAGUUACAGUUUCAUUUCUGCAUUUGAAUUUAGGGGUAUGAAUCUUUUUUUUUUUUAAAUAAAUUUGGGCUUAAUUUUGUGAAAACGAGGUAGCCACUGGCUUGCCCCUUUCAUGCUAUGCAAGGUCAUGAAGCCAGUGUGUAAGCCCAGUGGCCGCGGUGAGUCAGUGAGCCUGUGAAGGCUGGGUAUCCAUUCUUUGGCCGGAAGGACAAUUCCUGCUGCUCCCUACUGGAGGGGAAGAUGGAACCUGUUGUCUGUUCUGCACUUUGAACUCCUCAAAGAGAAGCACUGUGGAGUAUUAUUCUUGUUUCUGAAUUAAUUUUCUCUUCUGUGAUGUGUUAAAUAGGACUAGUGUGUAAUGGUUUCGCUAAUAAACCCUUCGCUAUUGAAAACAA